AUGCGGCUUACGUCGUGGAUUAACAAGGGCCUAGAUUGGGCGUCGUCCGACGAGGUGAUGAUGCUACAGAAGUGUGUCAAGACUUCAGCCAAGGACACAGAAGUUUCCGAACUCCAACGGAAACUAAAGCUGGCUGAUGAUGAGAUCGACCGUAUUAACAAGUGGUUCGAUGACGCCCAAGGCACCGCGACUGAGUUCGAGACCCUCAAGAGUACUCUUGCCAAAGCCAAGGAGCAGGCGAGGGCGAGCAAAGCGGCCACAGACAAAGAGGCUAUGAAUUUAAAGGACGAACAUGACGCCCACCACCAGUAUGAGGAGAGGGUGACCGAAGUGGAGCAAGCGCUCCAGGAUGCCGCCAACAAGUGUGAGUCCUCGGAGGAGAGUAAUAAGGCCCAAGCGACCAGACUCACCAAGGCUCUUCAAGAGGCAAAGGAGGCGCGGACCGAGUCUCGAGCGGCUCGCGAGGAGGUCAAGCAAGCUGAACAGAUAGCGUCUGGUAAGCCUUUUCUUUUAUAG